AAAGCAUCUAUGGUUCAUCAAUAAUGCUUAAUAUACCUUCUUCUUUUAUUUUAUCCUCAAAAUUAUCUCCUUUGGAACCUAAAGACGUAUUGAGGUUAUUAGAACUAGCUCAAACUCGAUGGAAUGAUAAUUGUGUACAAUAUUGUAUGGAUAACCACCCAAAUCGACCUUUAUUAGCAGCUGGUAUAUCGAAUCCUCAAGACUUACAACGUGUUAUCUCUUAUGGUGUACCUGUGAUUCAUCUUGAACACGACUGUCAAUCAUUACAAGGGGCACAAAGGCGUCAUUUAAACGACUUGAAAUAUAUACAUUUUUUGGAAUUUAUUAGUUCUGCAGGUUGUUGGGGUGGUUUAGGUGCUUUGAUAUCUCAUCCCAGGUGGAGUAGAAAAGUGACGGAAAAUGUACCAGCUGCAAUGAUUUAUGGUGGAACAACUAUGGCGAUUGUGGCUCUAUCUUUAUAUACAGCUCAAUUCAUGCGGAAACUUCGAUACAAUUACAAAUUGAAAAUGAUCAAGGAUGAAUAUUUUUUAUUACGGGAUGAUGUGGUUUAUUCUGGUUUCUGGUUUGUCACCAAGAAGAUCGUUCCUUAUUGUUUUACAGUGGCUUCUAUCUAUACUCUAUGUAACCACAAAUUAGGUUGAUAGUCAAUUUAGUUUAAUCUUAUUUAUCAUAUUUUUUUAUUACAACUUUAUAUAUAUAUAUAUAUAUAUAU